UUUUUUUUUUUUUUUUCUGUGGCACAUGAAAAUAUUUUUUGCAAUAAUGGUGGAGAGAAUUUGGUUUUGCAGACUUCAAGUACCACAAGAAUUGAAAACAACGCAUGUGCUGUACUCCAAGUGUUGCAAUACAAUAGUUUUGUCUGUGGAACAGACUGAAUUUAAGUUGUUGGCAAUGCCUCUGUGUACCAGUGUUGUUUCUUAUGGUCAAGUAGGAUUAAAAAAGCUCAGUUAUUUAAAGAUACAAUACAUUAUAUAGUCCUAACUUGUUCUCAAACUGACAUGUUACAAACAUGGCAAAUAAGUUCUUUAAUUUACACAAUUUAUUCAUUAUGUAUUUUCAUGGUGACAUAUGUAUGCAAAAAAUAAUAAUAAUAAUUAGCAGUGUUUUAAUCAAAUUUAAAUGAUUUUGGAAACAAUUUUUAGCUUUUGGAUACGUUUUCAAUUCAGUAAUCAAUCUGCUUUAUAAAACGAUAUUUCUUGAACACUGAUCUAAAUAUUGGACACAUAGCAUACAGUAACCCUCUGUGCUUGUUUUCCAGUGUCUAUGAUAUUUAUGUCCCUAUUACUUUGGCUCUGAACAUAAGGUAGCCCAUAAAAAACAGUUCCAUUAACAGAUAAUACCUUUUUAAUAUAUGGAAGAAACUGAAAUGUUACAAACAAUUUAUAUAUAAAAAAAAAAAAUGUGACUAAUUUGAUGUUUAAAAAACAUUUCUAUGGUCUCUAAUUAGAGCUUCUAACACUUUUUGUUACUGUUGUUUAUAUUUCACCUUUAUGUGUAUGUCUGUUGUAUUGUCUCUCCUGUGCAGUCUAGUUUUAUAGAUUACAGAUGCUGUUUUUACAGCAGUUGGGUCUCAUACACCUGUACAUUCAUCAGCCUGCUGACAGAAGCAUGAGAUCAUCUCAGUGAUGUAAUAAUUCUCUCAGAUAUACUUAGCAUGUUCAUGCAAAUAAGCUUCUAGUAAAGGUGUGUCAUGAAUAUGCAGAUGUAUUUCCGGAAAGAGUGAUUCAUAAUUUUUUUAUAUUUUUUUGCUGGUAGCGGUUUGUAGGUCUAUAAAUCCCUUGAAUCAUAUGCAUAUUUGCAUACCUCAAAAACAUAAAUAAAUAAAUAAUAAUAAAAAAAUCCAAUAUUGACUAGUUGUUCAGAUUAUAUUUGUCCCACAAAUAUUUUUUUACGACAUUUUAUUUACAGCAACUAUUACUUCAGUUUAAAUAAAAAUGUCAUAUGUAUUGUAAUUAUAGAAAUGUACAGAAUUAAAGUUUAAAUCAGUUUAUUAAGACCUAUAGGCCUUAACUGUAUAAAAUAUAUAUAUUUUUAAGUGAAAUGAGCUCAAAUUAUAACUUUAAAUCUUUGUCCUUUCAGUAAAAUGUAUAGACCUCAAUCAAAACCCAGAUUAUGAAGAAACAUAGCGAAUUAAGUGUCAAUUUUCAUCUCUCUACAGGCCGAGUAUAAUCCUGUUAAAGCGUCGAGCAGUCAGGUGUUCUGUAAUGUGCUGAGACAAGACAAGAGAGAUCAGGUGGUUGAUUCAGCGCUGGGAUAGAUUUAUUCUCCGUGGAGACCCUGACAAAACAGUAAAAGUUGAAAGUGCAUCGCUUAUUGGGAAUUCGGCCAAUUUAAGUCAAGUGACGUCGCAGCCAGACCUUGACAGCGAUGAUAACUGGAUUGAGAUCAAAUGGCCCACACGAAAAGAGCCCGAUAGGACAGUACCAGCUAAAGUCCUACUAUUAGGAGAUUCGUUCAAGGAUCUUGUCACAAAGAAGAAUUUAUUCAUUUUGGGUAAAGAUAUAUGGACCAAGGAAGAAUGCAAGGGUGUUAUCAUGAAAAAGAAAAUGCUGGAGACCAAUGCGGUGGAGGCAAAAAAAGCUAAGAUGGAAAAGCAAACCAAGAUCAAAGAGACAGCCAAGAACCAGAUGCUUCAAAACCUGAAGGUUUCCCUUUCCAAAAAUAAGAACAAAAACACAAAAGAUCAGCAUAAUAGUGAGGCAACUGAGGAGGAAUUUCCACAACAACUUUAUUGUCAAGCAAAGACUUUAAAGGCUGCCAGACCCAAAUCAUCCACUCCUGAUGAUUACACCAGUUCAGAUGAUGAUGCCACAAUCAUACGGAGUCCAAACCAACCUGACAUUGGUAGUGAUAUGGACGAAGGAUUACCCGCAUUGCAGCACAAUCAGUUAAUGGAUUAUAGCACUGGUCAACAAAUGGCACCCCAAAUGGAUGAAAUCAUGGCAUCCCUUCGUGAACUUCCAGAAAUGAUUAAAAUAAUGAAGGAGUGUGUCCACUGUAUAAAGUCAUUGAAGCCCUCGUUUGGGGGGACCCCAUCAUCCACAACCUCCUCUUUUGUCACUGAAGUUGAGAUGCAACCCUUGGCUGGCAGUGAAGUUUCAGUUCCAAAGAGGGCCUUCCAGCGACUGAACCGCACACGCAUGACCAUCUUUGCGCAGGAGCUGGCUGUCCUGGUCUUUACAAAAGAUGUACUUGCCCAGUCCACGCUAACAGGGAAAUCAGGAAAAGGGGCCCCUCCUAAAACCCAGCUGGACGUGGCCAAAGUGCAGGCCAUAACAGAUGCAGUUCUGCUGGAGUUUCCACAGUCAACAGCAUCUGAUGUGCGAGCAGCUAUCAGACGCAAGUGCAACAAUGAACAGUUCGUCCAGAAGAAGGAGUGGAAGUCCUGACCGAGUUAGCAGACUGACCUCUGACCCUUCAAGGAAACUUGCAUUUAAAUCUAAGAACUUCCUGAGAAGAGGAAAACAUCCCGUCUGUGAUGAAUGUCCUUUUUACCUUUUGUGACACAUAAUACUCGAUCCAGAUGCAGUGAAGUGCAGAAACAAGCUCAUGAAAAAUCCACACGUCACUAUCUCGCUCAACUCAAAUUAAAAGUUCAACAUCCCCGAAAAACAACUGCAACUGUCCCAGACACGUGAACACUGCAUUCUGAUGAAAGACUUCAUUUGGGAGCCAAGACCUUUGCAGUUUCCUGUUGAUAGUGGAUCACAGCUGGAGGUCAAAGGUCAUCUGUAUGUGUGUGUAUCUGUGUCACCCAACACUCUGACAAAGUGUCUUUCAUUUUUCAUUCUGUCCAACAUCACUGAUUAUACUAUAAACAGACCUUUUUGCAGGACUGCUAAAGAGUGAGAUCCUGAAACCAAUUUUAUCAACGAUAUUUUCGUCCUUUUGAUAAUUUAAUUAUGGUUUUCCUUGUGAAAACUUACAAGACAUUGUAUCACAGCAACAUAAAUAAAAAGAUAAUAUACAUCAUAUUAAGCAAAUUAUUUUUCAGUGGCUUAAUAUAAGAAAAAUUCCACGUAUGUGCUGCCACAACAUUAAUUUCUAGUGAGUUUAGGUGAAGUAUUAUGGAUAAUUUAGGUAAAUGAAGUACGGUAAAUGCUUCACAACAGAUCACAAUAGACAGUUUUAUUGAAAUCACUCAUUCUACGUCAGCAAUUAUUGUUUUUGCAGUUGGAUUUAUACUGUGUAUGAAGUUUUUAAAAGGUAUCGUCCAAUUUAUUUACUUGCCAAAGCUAAUUUCACUUGCUGAAUGUUCAUUUUGGAGCAUGUUUGAACUUCACAUGUAGGUCUGUCCAGAUUUGCUCCUUUGAAAUCAUGAAGUCUGAUGCCAGUAAAAUGACUUCAGAAUGUUCUUAUGAGCCCCAUCCAAAAAAAUCAGCUGGUUUAUAGUUUCACUUCAGUCGUCCUUUCAAGUUUUCCAAUGAUCCGAUCACAGAGACUGAUGGAGAAGUUGAGCGUGGAUCUGAAGACGUGGGGGAGGUGAGAGAGGAGUAUUUCGGGGAUUUCUCACGUGACUUGGGUCUACUCGUGUUAAUCAGGUUCAGUUAAACACAAGCACACUAGGGCCUGGAUCACAUUGGACACGCAGAUAAUAUAAAGAAUGAAACCAGUAGGGGUGAAGCAGAAGAAAAGAGCCAGAUCAAAGACAGAAUGAAAGUAUGAUAGAUUCCUCCCCUGAUGUUUGUCAGUAAAGACACAUGAUGGACUUUAAAGAGAGAAGGAGAAGAAGGUGUUGGAGGACACAUUCUGCCUGUUUUUGUCUCGCAGACAUAGAGUGGAGCCCAAAAGCUUUAGCCCACUAGUGAAAAUGCUUUCUUUUUUAAAUUAUAUGGUUUAUAGAAUUUAAAUACUCUAACAUCUGCUUAAUAUGCAGAUAUGACUGUAAUAAAGCCAAUUAUGACACUUUCAAAACUUUUUAUUUGUUUCAAAUGGCCUGACACAGCUAAAUUGACCAAUAGUGUGAGUUUGGGGUGACCAGUGGAACAUGGAGGGGUUGUUUGGAAACCUACUCGAUAACAAUCAUUAUUUAGCAAAUUUGCUUGAAGAUGUUGGUGGUGCAGGACGUAUAUACUUUUAAUGGAAAAUAAUGUUAUCAGGAUGUCUAUUUAAAUGAAAUUAUGAAUUGAAAAUGUGAGACUUUACCAUUUGCUUGUUAUUUGAAAUGUGCCUGCUUUGUUUUGUUGACAGCGAGUGACUACUGGAGCUGACAAGAUCCUGAUGUUCGUUUUCUCAUGUUCUCGAGUGCAUCUUGAGCAUCAAUGCCAGCAAGAAUAUCUGGCCAUCUGUCACUCCUAUACUUAUAUUUAAUCUGUAAAUUAUAAAUAGUGCAUAUAGUUUUUUUUUUAGAUUAUAACUUAUAAUGUACAUGUUAUUGUUUUAAGUGUAAAAAUAUGAUGUAAAAAUAUGAAAACAUUUUAUUUCCUGCUAACAAAGCAGUGACACCUUAUGCAUCAAUGCAAGUCCUUUUCCUGUAGGAUUUGCUUCUUUGCACGUAAAGCUCUACUCUUGAAGGUCUGGUGUGGUUCAGUGUGGUUUUUGAUGUUUACUCAGAGAGCUGAGCUGUUUCUGUGUCACCACGUCCGUCCGUGCGCUAGAUCACAAACACCAAAACCACAUGAUCUCACUCAUCUUUACGACCCACAAACAACCCCACUGAUUCAGCUGCAAACACACUGGAAACUAUUAAGACUUCACCGCAACGUGACGCUUUAUAUGUGAAAACAGAUUGAUAACAGACAAUGUUUCUCCAGCAAGCAAGAUAAAAGAUUGAGGAGUUUGGUUUCCUGAUGCUAAAAGCAGCUUUCUUUAGGAGAGUGGAUGGCCUCUGGGGACUGAUGUCUGAAGUGUGUGGAAUUAGACGUUCUUAAUGAACAUCCAUGCUACGUAGUAAACAUUGCCAAGUGAUUAGAACACUACAAACCCAUUUGAAAUCAUCUGAAGCUAAUUGAGUCUCAGAGGGGAAUGUGACUCCUUGUUUUAAAGGAAACUAUUGACUGCUGUCUCCUUCAGGGUUGACAGGAUUCUGUUUUCCUCAACAUGAAAUCAUCUGGAAAAGUUCCAGAUCAUCUAUCUAUCUAUCAUUCCAUAUCAUUCUAUCUUUUUUAUAUUUCAUUCUAUCUCUCGUUCUUUUGUUCUGUGUUUAUACUGUUUGAUCUUGUUAGCUUGAGAUGUUUGUUUGUCCAUCCCAUCAAUCUUGUUUGUUUUCCUCCCAGUUCCCUUCAGCUUCAUGAAAUUAAAAUAUAUAAAGCUGAAUUGGAUAUAAACACUGCACACACUCGCACGACUGAAAGCACUGAUUAGACGGACAAUCGAAAGUGAAGACAGACUGGAACGUUCAGUGUUCUUUUGGCAGCACCUGUCUGUUUAAUUCAACAAUCCCUAAACUAUAACACGUAUAUACACACAUCUGUCUUUCUUCCCCUGGCAUUGCUCAGUGAUUAAGACUGUGAUUUCUGUUAGCAAGGAUUUAAACAACGGAUGCACGUUUGCUGAUUGGUGCGUUUUGAUCAUGCAAAUGUUCAACCUUUAUAUUUGUGUUGUGCUAAAUUGUUAAACAUAUGUGUGCUGUACGUUCAAUGCUGUAAAGCAGGUUGUCUUAAAUGUGUGCAUGCCCAUGAUCUCAGCAAUAAUAUAUCAAACAACAUGCAUUAUUCUGCUCAAUAAAACACAUCGGAAGAUAAAUAUCUAUGACAGACGCUCCUCUGAGGGGCUUUUAAGAUUGUGGAUGUGUUUUCUGUCACAUUUCUCUGAGUUAUAGAGCACUACCAAUGAGAUACGGAGGCACUUUAAAUGACCUACACACACACACACUCUAAAAAUGGCUGGGUUAAAAAUAACCCAAUUGGCAACCCAGCACUGGGUAAAUAUUGGACAGAA